AUGGUGGUGCUGAGAAGGCCCGUCGGUGGGCUGGGGGUCGCAGCUCGGUGUUCUGUGAAGGCCGGAGGUCGAGGCUCACGGAGGUCGCAGCCCAUCGGAUGUCGAGGCCCGUCGAAAGUCGCAGCUCGGUGUCACGGUGUUGAGGUUGAGACUCAUCGGUUGUGGUCGAGCACGGCUGGUGGACGGAGAUCGCGGCUCGUGGCUCUGCGCAGAGGUCGAAGGCCGUCGUCGCAGUUGGUGGUCGCGGCUCCGGUCGCCGGGAAGAACAGAGCACGCUUAAAACGAGUCGCCGGACAGGGUUGUGGUUGCCGGGAGUCAAACGCGCGGUCGCCGGCCGGCGUUAGCUCGAACUCGCCGGGAAAUAUCAGAAACGCCGGAGAGAUUCACGGACGACAGUCUCGCGACCUAAGGUUGCUCUGGCCGACGGAAUUCGAGGCUCGAGGUCGCGGCUCGCUGCUUGUGGACUGGAGUUCGCAGGAGUCGGAGGAUCUCUGGUCGCCGGUCGGAACUCUGAAGGUCCGGACGACGCCAUUGCUGUUUAUAAGUGUAUUAUCAAACUUGUCGUAUCAGCAGACUGUAAAGUUGUUCAAGCGGACCUCUUUCGGGAAGGGAAAAAAUCCAAAGUCCAUAAAGUAUUCUUUGCAUGGAUUUUCCCUGGCUAUUGUGACUUGGGCAUUUGAGGCGCUACCCGACUUAGGAAGAGAAUUUGCAUGCUGGGAAGAAUGUUGA